GCUUUAAAUAUUUAAUUUUCCCCUGCUAAAUCUUCUUGUUUCCCUCUUCCAAAAAAAGAAAAAGGAAAGUGCUCCUGUUCAAAAGCAUUUCCACUCAAUUUACCAUUUCAGAAGUACAGCGAAAGGAGUUGAUGGAUCAAAUACUGAUUUUGCAUGCAUCUUUUGUGGCAAACAAACUGAAACAGUCAGCCAUUUGUUCUUCACCUGUGAUGCAACCUGGGCAAUUUGGCAUGCAGCUUACGAGUGGUGGGGAUUGCAGGCUGUCUUUACGUGUGAAGGCUGGAAGCAUUUGCAGCAACACAUGGGUAUGGCGCAAAACAAGAAAGUGAAGGAAAUUUGGUAUGUGAUAUGGUUUACAAUUAUUUGGUCCAUUUGGCUGUGGAGAAAUCAACUAAUUUUCAAAGAAGGUAAAGACACUCCAGCUAUGGUGGUGGAAUUAAUUAAGCUGCGUUCACUUAAUUGGAUUAGAGCCAAGCACAAUACAGAUUUGGCUAAGGAAUUGUGGCUUGUGAACCCCAGGGAAGCAUGUAAAUGAAAAGGAUUUUUUACU